GCCAUCCUUAGAGAACAUUCUGGGCCAGGGCUGGGAAAGCCACGGCACCCAGGAAGGUGCCCAGUCAGGCAGAUUGGGCAGAGAAAGACCUAUCAUCCCCCUUCCCUGGCAGACAGAGAGGCCACAGAGAGGAGAGGCGAAGGGGCCCGGAUGCCCAGAUCCGUCCCCCUCGCCUGGUCCAGGCCUGUUCUAUAAUAAGAGUCCUUUCUUUGGCAGCUGCUGGAGCCUUGGCCGCCUGCCAGCCUCCAGGCAGCCGCUCACUGGAUCCAAAAGGGAGCCUGUUGCUGCCUCCAUUUCCCACAUCGGCUGCAGCUCUGUUCUCGGCCCCAUGAUGCUGUCGCUGAUGUCCAUGCGCCUGGGGAUCUUGACCAGAAGAGGAGCCCUGGGUGCUGCCGCUGUCCGAACGGCUCAUGGGCAUGGAGGGCAUGUCACCACCCAAGAGGAUCUCUCGGUGCCCCUGUACUACGACAAACGCAGCUACCCACUUCCGGAUACCCCUUACUGCAAGCAGCUGGAUGCCACGCAGAAGGCCCUCAAGGAGAAGGAGAAAGGAUCCUGGACACAGCUGAGCAAUGAGGAGAAACUGGCCUUGUAUCGACUGAAGUUCCACCAGAGUUAUGCAGAGAUGAACAAGCCCACCAAUGAAUGGAAGACAGUGCUGGGAGGCAUCUUCUUUUUCUUUGGCGUCACUGGAUUAAUCGUGUGGUGGCAACGGAUGUUUGUGUUUCCACCCAAGCCACACACACUGGAGGAUGAGUGGAAGGCAAAGCAACUCCAGCGCAUGCUGGACAUGCACAUUAACCCCGUGCAGGGCUUCUCGGCCAAGUGGGACUAUGCCAAGAACGAGUGGAAGAAGUAGGGCAGGGAAGCAGGAGAAUCUGAGGAAGGCUGCCAUGCCCCCAGGGUCCUUCACUGUCACCUGGGGGAAAGCAGCCGGAUCUCUUGGCUCUCCCCUUGCCAACUCUCCUGUCCACGUCUGACCUCUGGAUCGCCUUCUCUUGGCCUGAGCCUUUUCCGUCCAGUUCCUGCUUUCCUGCUGCUGUAUCCAAAGAACCCAAGCACAUACAGGAGAGUGUUCAGCCCUCAAACCCUUUUUUGUGGUCUUUCUUCGGUUGGCACCACUUUCAAACAUUUUUCCCCCCUGCACACAAUAAAAACACAAAUCUGUGUUGCCUCUCUCUUGAAUAGCCAGAAAUGAGUGAAUGGGAGUAAAUAAAGGUUUCUGCUGCAUUUCA